AUGGCAUCGGAAUCUGACACGACACCGGAAGGCCAGGCAGUCGCCAAAUUCGCACAGGGAGAUCCCGAGAAUCCUAGAGCAUGGCCGGCAUGGAGGAAAUGGACAAUUGUUGCGAGCGUCGGCUUGGUCGAUCUGACGGUAUCGUUUGGAGCUUCUGGUUACUCACCUGCUAGUGCAGACUUCUGUCAGGAUUUCGGAAUUGGCCAUGAGACAGGACAGUUGGGCCUCUCUUUAUACGUCCUCGGCCUCGCGUUGGGACCCAUGUUCAUUGCUCCUCUGAGCGAGUACUACGGCAGAACAGCACUAUAUCUGAUACCCUAUGGCAUAUUCUUGCUCUUCUUAGCCGGCACUGCCCUUGUGCACAACCUUGUCGGCUUCAUGAUCCUUCGACUUCUAUCGGGCACCUUCGCCAGUGUCACGAUUGCCAACUUUGGAGGCACCAUUGCCGAUCUAUUCGAAAGAGAUCAAGUCGGCCCAGCCAUGAAUAUAUUCCUGUGGGCUGCAGUAGGAGGGAGUCCUAUUGGAUUCUUCUUGAUGUCUCUGGUAGCCGAGCAUCAUGACUGGAGAACUGUGUUCUGGGCUUUGCUUGGCAUAUGUGCUUUCUGCUGGCUGCAACUGCUGGUGGUAUUAGUGCCGUUCCAUAACGAGACUAGGCAUUCUGUCCUCAUUCGAAGAAGAGCGAGACGAGAGAACAAGGUCAUUGCAGCAGAUGCUCAGGCCAGAUCGCUCAACCAGCUUUUUACCGUGACCAUCUGGCGAGCAUUCAGAUUCCUGUCAACCGAAACCAUCGUUAUUUUCGGAGCACUUUAUAAUGGCUUUCUGUAUGGUCUGUCAUUCAUGUUCAAUAGCGCCUUCGGCCUCGUCUUCGGCAAAGAAGGCUACGGAUUCAACACACUCGGUGUCGGAUGCUGCUUCUUAGGCCUGGUCGUCGGAAUCAGCUUGGGGCCUGUCGUUGGUGUCUGGCAGGAGCAGUAUUAUCAGCGUCGGGUUCAUGGUGAUAACAAGCUAUCGGAAGACUCAGAGGCGACCGCUUUGCUGAACGACGGCACGAGCAAGCCUAAACACAUUCCGGAGGCAAGAGUGCAACUCGGGAAGGUUGCUGCUAUACUGUUGCCGGUGAGUCUAUUCUGGUUCGCCUGGACAUCACCGCCCGAGUAUAAUAUUCAUUACAUGGUUCCUGUUCUUGCGACGGUUCUCUUCGGUUUCAGCUUCUUCACGCUAAUAUUCAUGGUCGCGAUCUACUCUGAGGAGAGCUAUAUGGUGUAUUCUGCAUCAGCACUGGCUGGCAUUGGGCUUGCGAGAAACAUCGCUGGCGCGGUCUUUCCGCUGUUUGGAAGCCGCAUGUUCUCUGAACUCGGCUACAACUGGGCUGGCACGAUCGUUGCUUGCAUUGCCUGCCUCCUGGCCCCCAUCCCAUUCGUUCUUGAGCGGUACGGCCCUCAGCUACGAGCCAGAAGUCCGUUUGCUUUUGAGCACAUGGACGAUGAUGAUUGA